UGUGGAGAAAAUGAAAAAAUCUGCAUCUGAUCAAAAUGAAAUCGAACCAUCUUCUAUAAGCAAUGGGAAGAGACUAGUUAACGUUGGUACUACCGGUAAUAAUCCAGUAGCGUUCUAUGCCUACAUGUCAAAAUCAGAGCAAAAUCCAAGCAAUCACCAUAUGAUCAUUUUUGACGUCAUCAAAUCAAAUUUCGGUGGGGGAUAUAAUGGGCACAGUGGGACGUUCACAGCUCCUGUUGCAGGGAUUUAUGUUUUUACAUGGACUAUCUACACUGGUGACCAUGGAAGAUGUGAAUACGGAAUUUACGUUAACGACGAUAUUUUGAGUAGCACUUUUGGAGAAACUGAUGACGUUGGUGCAGAUUAUGAUUCCGAUUCGGGGACUAUAGUUGUAGCAUUAAAUGCACAUGACGAUGUUUAUAUCCGAUCACUCAUGGCUUGUACUACCUUCAUAGAAAGCAUUCGUUGGUAUACGAGAACUUCAUUUGCUGGAUGGAAACUCGACUAAUUAAUACAAUUUUCUUGUGUACUGAUUUUGUGGGGGAUG